AUGUCUGACACCGGUCGCAAGGAUUUCUCUACCAAGGCCAAGGAGGAGUUCACUCCUGACUCCACCAAGUCCACCCAGGACAAGGUCAAGGAGGGCUUCACUGAUACCACCGACCGUGUCACCCGCGGUCUCCAGCCCGACGACCAGAAGAGCACUACCCAGCAGGCUUUCGACAAGGGCCAGCGCAGCCAUGACAACAACGUUCACGGCGGCUCCACUGAGACUGUCGGCCAGAAGCUCAAGAACGCCGUUGGCCUUGGUGACCACUAA